CAGGUAAAAUAACCAAAUAUUAAUUCAUUUAUUUUUUACAUUUCUUUCAGGUUUAUAUCAGUUUAGUGAACCUGUAAACAGCGCACUCUAUGUAUUCAGUAUGUUAUUGCUAGUAUCGCUACCUAAGUUACCAACUGGAUGGUCUUUAAGAGUUCUGACUGGCUGGUACUGGCUUUACUGCCUUUUGGUGGUAACUGCGUAUAGAGCGAGUUUGACUGCUAUAUUGGCUAGACCAACACUAAAAGUAAAAAUCGAUACAGUUCAAGAACUAGUCGAUAGCAAACUUACUUAUGGAGGUUGGGGCGAAAUCAACCGCGAGUUCUUCAAAAUGUCUUCGGAUCCAACCAUAAAACUAAUCGCAGAAAAUUUUGUUACAGUAAAUGACUCAGGCAUGGCAGUGGAUAGUGUUGCGGAAGCUUCAUUUGCUUUUUACGAAAACACUUACUUUCUAAAAGAGGCUUUGGUAAAACGACAACAAAGGUUUCAGUCGCUAUUUAUAAAUUCUAAUAGCAAAAAUUCUACCAAUGAAACUAAAUUUCAAAAUAAUGUGGUUCAAGAUGAUAGAACUUUGCACAUUAUGGAGGAUUGUAUUAUUAAGAUGCCUGUUUCUAUAGGUCUGCAGAAGAAUUCGCCCCUGAAACCACGGAUGGAUGAAUAUAUCAGGCGUGUUUUGGAGGCAGGGUUUAUUAAAAAAUGGCUUGACGAUGUGAUGCAAAAAGUUCUUAAUGCCGAAAUUCAGAUAGAAGAUACUGGUAGUACUAAAGCGUUAAUGAAUAUGAAAAAGUUUUCAGGCGCCCUGGUAGCACUUUUAUCAGGAUAUUUUAUAAGUACUAUCAUUUUGAUUGCUGAAAUUUCGUAUUUUUAUUUUAGAGUUAAGAAAAAUCCAAAUUUUAAUAAAUAUUCGAAACAAAUUGUCAUUAAAAAGUCAAAAUAAAAAUGAUGAAAUGGG